AUGCCCCCAUUAGUUAGAUCUGAUGGUCAGUUAGCGUUCGAUGACUCGGAGAAGGCCGAGUGCAUGGCGGAUAGCAUCGAGAGCCAAUGCUCUCCAAGUUCCCUGCCAAUCGACCCCGUCCACCUGAACAAGGUGGACGAGGAAGCGGCUAAUCUGUCCGCCACACCACCAACGGAUGAUCCACUCCCUCCAGUUACUUUUGAUGAGGGUAUCACCAAACCGGCUAUCAGACGUCUCGCACGCAGGGGCGGUGUGAAACGUAUCUCCGGGUUAAUCUACGAAGAGACACGCGGUGUACUCAAGGUGUUCCUUGAGAACGUGAUUCGUGACGCUGUUACAUACACCGAGCAUGCGAAGAGGAAAACCGUCACCGCAAUGGAUGUCGUGUACGCCCUGAAACGUCAAGGACGUACCCUCUACGGAUUCGGUGGUUAA